AUGUAUCAUAUCUUGAUAACAUGUUGUUCACCAUUAAAACAAUCAAGAAAGCUUGGCGGAAAACCAAAUCAUGUUGUAUUCCAUGAAUUUGUUUAUACUGAUAAAAAUAUAAAGGUAAACCAGAGCAAUUCUCUUGCAAUCUGUAAAGGAUGUACAACAAGAAAAGGAUUCAGUAAUGCUAAAACAGAAGCUCAAAAUUUAGGAAUUUCAAACACAGUGAAAAGCAUUGAGAAGCACUUGUUAGAUUGUGAAAUUCAAAAAACUUGCUAUCUUGAUAAAAUUGAAUUUGUAGAAAAUUAUCUUGAAAUAAUCAAACAAAAAGAAUCGUAA